AUGUUUGCAGAUGCAGGUUUCAAAGAGAGAUUACCGGGGCAAGUAACUGCACCAGCAACUUUCAGGUGUGUUAGAGUGACCGCAGUGGAAGAUGGCGAAGAUGAGUUUGCGUAUCAGGCUGUAGUGAAGAUUGGUGGUCAUGUUUUCAAAGGGUUUCUAUAUGACCAAGGAGUUGAAACCAGAGAUGGGUUCCCUAAUAUAUCUGAAUUGCAUUUGGGUGGUGGUAGCAGUAGUGCUGGUAAUGGUGGAGGGAGAAAUGGGGCCUCUUCUUCAUCCCCGAUUCUCGAUCCUUCAGAUGUUUAUGGUCCUUCGGCUGGAGGACUGCUCGGAGGUUCGGGGUAUGGCAGUAUCCAAUAA